ACGAAUGAAAGCUCACAAACUACCAAAGAUCACGGGGGUCGGGGCCUGUUCCCGAGGGAGCCGUAUAUCCUCCGUCUCGGGCUCGUCAGAGUCGUGAAAGAAGAAACAGGAUUCUGCUAGUCCGUGGCAACAUCAUGUCGGCGGACACCAAAAUCGCAGAGCUUUUAACAGAGCUCCAUCAACUCAUCAAGCAGACGCAGGAGGAGCGGUCGCGCAGUGAACACAACCUGCUCAACAUCCAGAAAACACAUGAGAGGAUGCAGACUGAGAACAAGACCUCCCCUUACUACCGGACUAAGCUGAGGGGACUCUACACCACAGCCAGAGCAGACGCUGAGGCAGAGUGCAGUAUUCUUCGUCAUGCUCUCGACAAAAUUGCAGAGAUCAAAUCCUUAUUGGAGGAGAGGCGAAUAGCGGCUAAGAUGGCAGGGGUGAACAGUGACAAUGACCCCCCCAGGAAGACCAUGCGGAGGGGGGUGCUGAUGACACUGCUCCAACAGUCAGCCAUGACGCUCCCGCUGUGGAUUGGCAAGCCAGGAGACAGUCCUCCUCCCCUGUGUGGGGCGAUGCCAGCCAACAGUGACUACGUGGCCAAGCAAGGGGACAAGGUGGCAGCGCGGGUCAAGGCCGUGGACGGAGACGAACAGUGGAUCCUGGCUGAGGUGGUCAGCUACAGCCACUCCACCAACAAGUACGAAGUGGAUGACAUUGAUGAGGAAGGAAAAGAGAGACACACCCUGAGCAGGCGGCGUAUCAUCCCCCUGCCCCAGUGGAAGGCCAACCCAGAGACGGACCCGGAGGCCCUGUUCAGUAAAGACCAGCUGGUGCUGGCCCUCUACCCCCAGACCACCUGCUUCUACAGAGCCCUCAUCCACACACACCCACACCGGCCCCAGGACGACUACUCAGUGCUGUUUGAGGACACGUCGUACGCAGACGGCUACUCCCCGCCCCUCAACGUAGCUCAGAGAUACGUGGUGGCCUGCAAAGAGAACAAAAAGAAGUAAAGAAGAGACUGAUAAAGAGGAGAAGAAAGAGAGGAGUCAGGAUAAAUCAAGGGGACUGUGACUGAAGAUACUGUAUUUUGUCAGACUUGACAAGUACACUGUGUAGACAAGUGUUCCUAGACAAGUGUUUCCAACCACCCCCCCUCCCCAGAAUAACAAUGGAUUCCAUACCUUAACCACACGUAUGGACACACUGAGGGCGGGUUUCAAAUAAAAUAACAUCAAAUGAAA